GCAGGGGAGGGAGGGUUUCUUUGUAACAGCAGUCAAGAAGAAAGCUUUCUUCCUGUCUCUUCAAUUCACGAUUCACCAAUGCCUCAUCAGAAGCUUUCAGCACUUAUUGAUGCCAUCUGCAAUUUUGUUAUCUGCAAUGACUCUUCCCUUCGAGGUCAGCCCAUUAUUUUCAAUCCUGACUUUUUUGUGGAGAAACUCCGACAUGAGAAGCCCGAGGUGUUCACUGAGCUGGUGGUCAGCAAUAUCACAAGACUCAUCGACUUACCUGGAACUGAGCUCGCCCAGCUGAUGGGUGAAGUGGACCUCAAGUUGCCUGGUGGGGCUGGCCCAGCAUCGGGGUUCUUCCGGUCUUUGAUGUCUCUCAAGCGCAAAGAAAAAGGUGUAAUAUUUGGAUCCCCAUUGACAGAGGAAGGCAUUGCUCAGAUAUAUCAGCUGAUUGAAUAUCUACACAAAAAUCUGCGAGUUGAAGGCUUGUUUAGAGUACCAGGGAAUAGUGUCCGACAGCAGAUCUUAAGGGAUGCUCUUAAUAGUGGAACGGACAUUGACUUGGAAUCAGGGGAAUUUCACUCAAAUGAUGUUGCCACCUUGCUGAAGAUGUUUCUUGGAGAGUUACCUGAACCUCUGCUGACACAUAAACAUUUUCAUGCACACCUCAAAAUUGCUGAUUUGAUGAAGUUUGAUGAUAAAGGGAACAAGACCAAUGUCCCGGAUAAGGAGCGGCAAAUCGAGGCUCUUCAGUUGCUCUUCCUUAUCCUCCCUCCACCCAACCGCAACCUGCUGAAGCUAUUGCUUGACCUUCUGUAUCAGACAGCGAAGAAACAAGACAAAAACAAGAUGUCUGCCUAUAACCUUGCCCUUAUGUUUGCACCCCAUGUCCUGUGGCCAAAAAAUGUAACUGCAAAUGACCUUCAAGAGAACAUCACAAAGUUAAACAAUGGGAUGGCUUUUAUGAUUAAACAUUCCCAGAAACUUUUUAAGGCUCCUGCUUACAUUCGGGAAUGUGCCAGAUUGCACUAUUUGAGCUCCAGAACACAAGCAUCAAAGGAUGAUCUUGAUCUGACUGCUUCAUGCCAAACUAAGUCCUUUCAACUGGCAAAGUCUCAGAAAUGGAACCGGGUAGAUCCCUAUUCCCAUGAGGAAACCCAACAGCGUACAGAAGAGGCACUGAGAGAGCUGUUCCAACACGUCCAUAAUAUGCCAGAGUCUGCAAAGAAGAAGCAACUGAUUAGACAGUUUAAUAAGCAGUCUGUGACACAGACACCAGGGAGAGAAGCUUCCACUCCCCGGAAGAGGGCCCGUUCACGUUCCUUCAGUGGCCUUAUUAGGCGCAAGGUCCUGGGAAAUCCGAUGAUGUCAGAAAAGAAAGACAAACACUCUACUCCGGAAUUGACAGCCCUUGAUGACUUGAAGAGAGCCAGCAAAGAAAAUAUGAGCUUACUACUCACUGAUUCUCCGUCUGUUACAAUGACACCAACAAGAUUUAAAUGGUCCGACGGGAAGAAAGAGGGGAAAAGAGGAUUCCUCUGAGGAUCCAGAAUUCUCCAGUUGUCCACCCAGAAUUUUCUCGUCCAUGGCCUGUAUGUGAUUACUGGUCUCAGAGAAGCCUGGUCUGGUAGCUCGCUUGCUGCAUUCUGAAUUGUGAAAGUCAGCUAACCCUGUGACUUAACUGAUACCUCUAACCCCACUCACUGGAUGAUGGCUAUAGAAUCUGCCUUCUGAACCUGUGAAGUCACUCUCUUCUGUCUUGUUUUUGAUUUUUUUAGUCUCAUGGGAGAAACCACUAACCAGUCAGGCAGCUUACACAGCACAGCAAAUGGGCAGAACCAGGUGGACUCCAGUGCUCAUUCAGUCUGUUCAUUUAGGCAGCUUCUAUCUUUUUAAAAACAUAUAUGAAAUUUGUACUCAAUCACCAGUGACUUUUUCCCCUUAAGUCCUGCCAACCCUUGAGGAUUAAUGUUAUUUUUGACCAUUAUUUUGGACUUUUGUCUAGUGUCAGGGCACCUUUUGGUUGUUGUUUCUUGUUUAUUCAUUGUUUAUUUGUUGUUGUUCUAGCCAUUUUGGGAGGGAUAAAUGGCUCUACUCUACACCAUAAGCUUUGAGAAAACUUGUGAAGCUAUAUUAUUCAAUACCUUGUAUCCAAAGAAUGUGUAACUGUCCCAGACAUCUUAAAUUAUUUCUUGGGUCUGAGAUAUUUCAGCAAAUUUUAGGGAUUAAACCUUGUCCUUUCCUCCCUCCUGCCUACCCCUUUUCUCAGUGAUGCUACAAGUACUUGCAUACUCACUAAGCUAAUUACUUUCAUUCAGUUUCCUCCUCUCACCAUAGACAUCUCCGGUGCUAGUGUAAGACUUCUGUGCCCAAUCACCAUGAUUCAAGGACAGUCACUAACUGCUUCUAGUGGAGGCCUGCUGAAUUAUUAGUAUGUAGCAGAAGCUCUGGAGUGUAACAAGAGGGGACCAGCUCCUUCCAUUAUCGGAUCCUUGUGCAUGCUUCUAAGGGAUCAGAUGUGUAAAACAGACCAGCUUAUUGUCUGAGAGCAAUUGGAGUCAGAGGCAAGAAGUGAGCAUCAGCCUGCAGGACUGAGAGGGCUUAAAGGAGUGACAAGGAAUGGCUUGUCAGUGCCAAGGGACCCAUUGUUGCCUUGUCCCCUUUCCUGCCAUAACAGGAAUGGAGAGCAAUUUGAGAUUGGGGGCUGGUGCUUGGAUGGAGUGGGGAAUGUCCAUAUGUGUUUGAGGUGACCAGUGGCAUGGCAUGGCUUUGACACAGUGUAAAUCCUCAGUGCCCAGAGGGCCGCUACGGGCGACAGGAACAUCAGGCUGUGCCCACUGUUAAGCCACAUGACCAUUCUCAACCUGAGUGCUUGGAGCUAGGUCAGACCUCCAUGGGGAAGCAUUUGUCCCCACAAAGUAUAAUUUGCUGACCUCCUUCUAAAUUAUUGAAAGUACUGUGUUAGUGCUGGAUGAAAAGUGACUCUGGGCUUGGUUUUGUGGGUGGGUCAGUCCUCUCUUGUGUGCUUUGUUUCUUCUGCUGCUAUAGCAGGAGAGAUGAAGAAAACAAUCUAAAAGUCAGCCUUACAACCUAGUAGAUUGUGAAGGAUAGGUGGCUAGGAGUAUAAACCUAUUUAGGAGUACCUAUUUCCAGAGCAGUUUAUAUCCUUCUUUAAAAAUCUUUAUUAGGAAUUUUUUUUUAACCUUACUGAGAAAAGUAAAAUUCCUUGCAUCAAUUAUCAGUGAAUUCAAACAGAAACCCUUUCUGGUACGAAGGAACUGAAAUAGUGUUCUCCUUCUACUCUGUACUUGUGUGUCCCUUACUUGUUGAAGUAUUUUGUCCCAGCACUGCGGCCUGUUAAACACAGCCUACCACCAGCCAUAAGGUGUCCCUGUUAUUAAUUCAUUUGGUGGCUCUGUUUGAGGAAGGGAGCUGAGACUGAGACUUGGAUUGAACACAGUUGGUCACUCAGGGUAGUUCUGGGGAUGGGGCAAUGAGAGUGGUGUAUGUUACAUGCCCGUGCAUUUAGAGAACUUGCUCUCUUGGGCAACUAACUUGUGUAUCUGGGUAUGUGUGUUUCAUUUAAAUUAUUUAUUCAAUAAGCUUUCCCUUGCUUUCAGGGUUUGAUAGGUCAUUUUUCUUCCAGAAGCUGUGAUCCAGUAGGCAUUCAGACUUAAAGAAUAAAGAGCAUAAACAAGGGCAACAAAAGGGAACAACAACAGCAAAAAGAAUAAAGAGCAUAACCUUCUGCCUUAUAAUAUGUAACGAUUCUAAUCCUGUGAAAUAUUGUGAGACUGUUUCCUUCUGAUGGGUGGGUAUUUUUUGAGCCAGUAUUUAACAAUUUUUUAAACCUAUAAUUCUUUUAAAUCUGUUUUGUUAUGUUUACUUUUCCUGGUAGAGCACAUUCUUUGGAAGUGUGACUUCUUGUGGCUUAAAAGUUUCCUUUUCUUUCUUUCUUUUUCUUUCUUUUUUUUUUUCUUAAAGGUUUCAUUUCUCUCUGAGGUCAGUUGUGCUAGGCUUUAAUGUGGUGUCAUGCCUAAAACACAUGGAACAUGCUUAAAAACACAGACAAGGUCCUCAACUCAGGCUGGCACGGCACGAGCUCUGCCAGCUGGAUCAGCCAACACCACAGGCACUGGAUUUUCUGCCCGUUUACCAUGACGGUCUUUUGUACUGGGACCAAUGACUCUGGUUUGAAAACCUCCACGGCAGUAGGAAAGAGGGUUAAGAGGUGGUGUCGAGAACCUGUUAAAGGAGCUGAUGCUAAAACUAUACCUGGUCCUCCUCACCCUGAACCCCUUCCUUCCAGAGUUAGUCAAGAGCCACAUGAGAGCAUGCUAGGGAGAAGUUGAGGUACAAGACUGUGACAGAGCUGGUCGUUGGGCGUUCUGGCGGUUGGCUGUUUCGCUGACUUGUUAGGAAGCCUGUUAAUGCCAAUGUCAGAGCAGAGCAAUGUCUGUCUUUGGUGCAGCUUCCCUCACAGGAACUUAUAUUCAGAUACGGUUUAAAAUACUGCCUUCUAGAGAGUCUGUGGUGAUCAGGACUGUGCCCCACAGUGGUGAGCCAUGCUCUCAGGCACAACUGGGGGAGCCAUAUUUGGCAACAGACUUGUCUGGAUUCUGUCUGCUUUCUUACUUCAAACCAGGGCCUUGUACAGACACUUGAAGUUGGCAGCUCUUAGCCUGAGGCCUUUUCUAAGUAGAACUCCUUUCUCCAGGAGAGAGCCUCAUCCUUGCCGUUCUGCAUGCGGAAGUCUUCGUGCUGAUGAGAGGAACCAGGUUACCAGCACCUGCCAGCCCUAGCAUUGGGGGAAGACUUGGGCUCCUAAGACACACAAGCCUUUUAAGCCAGUGGCAGUCAGCCCAGCCCCAAAUUCACUCUGGAAACGCUAGCUUUCCUGAUCAGGUUACCCUGAGAUCUUUUUGCAGUUGGAGAGUUGGAGGGGCUAGUGAGGAAGUGGAAUACAUAAUAGCGUGAGUGCUUGUGUUACCAAGGAGACCUGAGUGCAAGGCCACCUCAGGUGCUAAAGAGCCACUGAGCACCCCUCCCCCCAUACAUGUAUAUGAACUAGCAGAACCAUUUGGGAGAAUAACUCCCUCUUCAUAGCAAGGGUUACCUCUGCACUAUCCCUGUGCUUCUCAGCAAGAGAAACAAGGUCACUUUACUAUUUCGCUAUUUUUUUUCCAUUCUUAUUUGACUAUUAUAUAUAUAUGUAACUGUAAAGAAACAAUAACUUGUAUUGUUUUCCUUUUAUAUUCAUGUUAGAUUCUGAGAUUAAAUUCCUUUUGUUUCAUAUCCAUAGACUUUGGUCUCUUAAUUAAUACUUUGUGUGGUGGGUUCUAUUAAACAGAAGUUGGUUGCUUUUUGUUCAGAAGAAUAUAAAUCUUCUGAGAAAAGUGUCUCUCAGGGCCAGGUGGUGGCACCCCCAGUUGAGUGCAUGUGGUACAGUGCACAAGGACCUGGGUUCAAGCCCCAGAUCCCUACUUGCACGGGGAGGGGGGGCUCCAUGAGCAGUGAAGCAGGUCUGCAGGUGUCUGUCUGUCUCCCUCUGUCUCUCCCCUUUCCCUCUCAAUUUCUCCCUUACCAAAUGAAAGAAAGAAAAAAGGCUACCAGGAGCAGUGGAUUUGUCAUGCAGGCACCAAGCCCUAGCAACAAUCCUGGUGGCAAUAUAAAGAAAGAAAGAAAGGAAGAAAGAAAGAGAAAAGAAUAAAGGAAGAAAGAAAGGGGGUUGGGUAGAUAGCAUAAUGGAUAUGCAAAGAGACUCUCAUGCCUGAGGCUCCAUAACUAAGCAGUGCUCUGGUAAAAAAAAAUAGAAAGAGAGAGAAAGCCGCUUCUCAGGUUUGUUUUCAAGGCAGUGGGUAGGCUCAUAGGUUUAUGAGGCUCUUGUUAGGAAAUGGGGUUGGAAGCAUUGGCAUUCUAAUUCUUUUUCUUUUUUUUUUUUAAUAUUUAUUUAUUUAUUCCCUUUUGUUGUCCUUGUUGUUUUAUUGUUGUAGUUAUUAUUGAUGUCGUUGUUGUUAGAUAGGACAGAGAGAAAUGGAGAGAGGAGGGGAAGACAGGGGGAGAGAAAGAGACACCUGCAGACCUGCUUCACCGCCUGUGAAGUGACUCCCCUGCAGGUGGGGAGCCAGGGCUUGAGCCAGGAUCCUUACGCCGAUCCUUGUGCUUUGCGCCACGUGUGCUUAACCCGCUGUGCUACCACCCGACUCCCGCAAUUCUAAUUCUAAUUCCUGUGGUUGAGUGUCUAAUGCUUACACAGAUUUCAGCUGAUCAUCUAAUCUUGAUUUCCUUAUGUAAUCCUUUAAAUAUAAGCUGUUAGGCAGCUGGAAGUAACUGGUAGAGCACAAGACUUGCAUGCCUGAGGCUUCUGGUGUAGAGUGGUGCUCUGGAUUCUUCUCCCACUUUCUCAUAGAAAACACUCAUGUGAUUAAUUUUUUUUUCUUUUAAAUAAGAAGUUGGGUUGGGGAUGUAGCUGAGUAAUAGAACACAUGCUUUUCAUGUAUAAGACUCUGAUUUUGGUUCCUACUACAAUUACACAAUACAGUUAUAGUUUCAGUAACAGUGAAAAUCAGGGGAGUUGGGUAGUAGUGCAGUGUGUUAAGCGCACGUGGUGCAAAGUGCAAGGACCACCAGUGUAAGGAUCCCAGUUCGAGCCCCCGGCUCCCCACCUGCAGGGGAAUUGCUUCACAAGUGGUGAAGCAGGUCUGCAGGUGUCUAUCUUUCUCUCCCCCUCUCUGUCUGUCUUCCCCUCCUCUCUCCAUUUUCUCUCUGUCCUAUCCAACAAUGAUGACAUCAAUAACAAGGGAAACAAAAGGGAAUAAAUAAAUAAAUAAAAGGGAAAAAAAGAUAUUAACAGUGAAAACCAGAUGUUGGGCUAGGAGAUAGCUUAUCCACUAAAGUACACACUACACCAUGCAUGAAAAGAAAAAAGAAAAGAAAAAAGAGGGAGUUGGACGGUAACACAGAGGGUUAAGCACAUGUGGCAAAAAGCACAAGGACUGGAGUAGGGAUCCCGGUUCGAGCCCCGGCUCCCCACCUGCAGGGGAGUCACUUCACAAGUGGUGAAGCAGGUCUGCAGGUGUCUGUCUUUCUCUCCCCCUCUGUCUUCCCCUCCUCUCUCCAUUUCUCUCUGUCCUAUCUAACAAUGGCAUAAACAACAACAAUAAUAACUAUAACAACAAUUAAAAAAAAGAAAA